AUGGCCAAACUCAUAGAGAAGUUUUGGCGUCUUGAAGAAGCGUGCUUUCAAGACUGGGAUCCAAAGCAACAUGACGAAUGCGAGGCGGAAAGUCACUUCCGCACAACGUUAGAGAUCGCUCCCGACGGGAGAUACAUUACACGAAUGCCCCUACGGGGGGAGCCGUCAUCGUUAGGCGACUCUUAUCAACAAGCAUAUAGAAGAUUCACAUCGCUUGAGCAAAGGCUCAAGCGGAAUGCAGACCUGUACAAAGAGUACAGGGCAUUCAUGAAUGAAUAUGAAACACUGGGACAUAUGGUACCAGUCACCACAGAAGACUUUCACAAAGUAAAGUAUUUCAUCCCUCACUCGUGUGUGGUGAAACCAGAUUCAACAUCCACCAAGGUUAGGGUGGUGUUCGACGCAAGUGCAAAGACGUCAACCGGAGUAUCCCUGAACGAUAUACAAAUCGUGGGACCAACCAUUCAAAAGGACUUAUUUGAUCUGCUAAUUGAUUUCAAGACGCACAACGACGUGCUAGUAGCAGAUAUUGCAAAGAUGUACAGACAAAUUCACAUCGCAUACACAGACACUUGGUUACAAUGUAUUUUGUGGCGCGACAGCCCCAAUGAUCAAUUGAAAGCGUAUAGACUGACGACUGUCACAUAUGGUGAAGCGUCUUCAUCAUUCUUGGCCUGUAGGGCACUACACGAAGCAGCUGAAGAUUAUCGGUCGGUAAAUCCGAGAAUUGCCGACACCAUUCAACGAUCGUUCUAUGUUGACAAUCUGAUGAUUGGAGCGUCCAACGCAGAUGAACUGACGGAGACGAAACGAGAAAUAGAGCAUGCAUUGUCACUUCAUGGAUUUCCACUUCGAAAGUGGGCAUCAAACAACGCAAGCGUACUGGAAGGAAUUCCAGAGAAAGACUUGGAACCAUUGAUCCAAGUUGGUGACCAAGAGGUCAUAAAGACAUUGGGGAUAGCCUGGAACCCCAAAACAGACGUGUUCCAGUUCAUCAGUACGAAAAACAUAGGUGAAACAUACGAAGCGCUCACAAAGCGACAGAUGGUCUCGAAGAUUUUGAGACUGUAUGACCCAAUCGGAUUGAUACAACCUGUAAUCAUUACAGCUAAAAUAUUGAUGCAAGAAUUGUGGACUUAUAACGUCAGCUGGGACGAUGAUGUUCCAGAUCAAGCACUAAGCUCAUGGAAGAAGUUCGAAGCUUCAUUAGUGGAGCUCAGCAAGAUAGAAAUACCUCGGAUGUCGACUCCGAGUCAUACGAUCGCACUAGAUUUACACGGAUUCAGUGACGCCUCCGAAAAGGCUUAUGGAUGCGUCAUUUACUUACAUGCAAUCAACUUAAAAGGAGAAGAGAGUACGAAUCUCUUAUGUUCGAAAUCGAGAGUGGCGCCUUUGAAGAAGGUCACUCUGCCCCGUCUGGAACUCUUGGCGGCGGCACUUCUAGCAGAACUAACUGCUAAAAUAAAGAGCAUUCUGGCCGGUCGAAUCUCGUCGGAAUAUUACUACAGUGAUUCACAAGUAGCGCUAAGUUGGAUCAAAUCUUCAAAUACACGUUGGGGAACCUUCAUUAGAAAUAGAGUGCAGAAGAUACACUCCACCACGAAUCCAGAGCAUUGGAAAUAUAUAUCUACGAAAGAAAAUCCGGCUGAUAUGGUUUCGAGAGGAAUUCCAGUCAGAAAAUUACGCGAAGCAAAACUAGAAUUUUGGUUACACGGACCGGAAUGUAUACGAAGAAGACAAUAUUAUCUGCAGAGCGGCUACGAAUACACUGCUGCUGCAGAACAGGAAGAGAUUAAAGAACCAAUAACACGAUUGGUAGCAGCAACAGGAAAGGCAUGCGAAGACUUAAUCGCAAAAUACCCGCACCAUCACACUCAUGACAAAACAGUAAGACACUUUGCAUGGCUGUGUAGAGCCAUAAACAAUAUGAAGAAGGUCAAUAAAGACACAGGCAUCAGAAACGAAAAGAGAUCGGGCCCACUCACCACCACUGAAUUGAAUGAAGGACUAACACUCGUAGUCCGAAUUAUGCAAGCCACUAUUUAUCCAAAUGAAGUAGCGGAAUUACGAAAAACUGGGAAGGUGCCUACGAAAGGACCUUUCCAGCAUCUCAACGCAAUCGUCAGAAAUGGAGUCAUACAUGUCACAGGGAGACUCCACAAUGCAGAAAUGCCCAUCUCACAAAAGAAUCCAAUAUUGAUUCCCAAAUCGCACCCAUUUUCGAGGAUUUGGAUGAGGGAUCUCCGAAGGACCGUACAAGGAGUCAUUCAACGAUGCAUCUUAUGUGCCAAAGCGCGGCCCAGACGUUUACAGCAACGAAUGGGACAACUGCCCUCGCCCAGGGUAAAUGAAUCAGUAGCGUUCACUCACACGGGAGUGGACUUAUGUGGGCCAUUCGAAGUAUAUCUCAAUCAAAAAUCGAAAUGCAAGACCACAGCAUAUGCUUGCAUCUUCAUAUGUUUUGCGACCAAAGCAGUUCACCUAGAAGUCGUCGAAGAUCAGUCGACGGCAGCGUUCAUAUCAGCACUUCUCCGUUUCACAUCAGUGAGGGGAAUACCCGAGGUUAUUUACUCCGACAAUGGGCGGAACUUUGUCGGGGCCAGCAGAGAACUCAAUCGUUUACGAAGAAUAUAUAACAAUGAAGUUUUUCAAAACAAAUUAGUUGAUAUUGCGGCAACUCACAGAAUAAGAUUUUCAUUCAUUCCACCCCGAAGCCCCAGCUUUGGAGGACUUUGGGAAGCGAACAUAAAGGUAGCCAAGCGGCUCUUUAGUGCAGCGGCCAGAGGAGCACAGCUAAACAUCAUGGAAUUGCAGACACUGUUCUACCAAGUGGCCGCAAUAAUGAAUUCGCGACCACUCACACCUGUUUACACGACGCCAGAGUCACCGACCGCGAUCACACCCGGUCAUUUUUUGAUAGCACGCCCAAUGCUAGCCGUGCCCAUCCCUACGCAGAGUAAGGAUGGAAGCAAUCUCACAACCAGAUGGAAACGAGUACAAUCGCAGCUCGAACAAUUUUGGAGAAGAUGGAGAGACGAGUAUCUCCACCAGUUACGUGAUUAUGCAAAAUGGACCAAGCAACAAGCCAACGUUAAGGUAGGCCAAAUCGUAUUGAUCGGAGACGAUCACCUUCCCGUAGCAAGGUGGCCUAUGGGAAUUGUCACACAAAUACACCCUGGAGAUGAUGGAGUAGUCCGAGUGGCAGUAGUGCGAACCGCUACCGGAAUUUACAAACGCAACGUGCGAACACUUGCUCCUCUACCAGUCGAGGAGCACACCAUUCAACCCAUUAUAGAAGAGUAUGACAACACAGCUGAUAACGAACAGCAAUCUCAAGCCGAAGCAAUCGAACUAGAAGACGAUCCCCCUCCCCAAGCACCCCAAAUGAUUUGGGACGGUAGACUACGCCCUCGUCCCAAAGGGGGGAGAAAAUGGAAGUACACGAAAUCAGAUUGGGUGACGACCCUAUGA